AGUCAGCGCCCGGACAUAAACAAACCUCGCGGUCUGCUACACUCUUGCUGCGCUCACCCACGCGUUCGGGCUCCGAGUUCCCUAGCUGGACCCUAGACAAGGGCGCGGCUAAGUGGCUUCCUCGGAUCGGCGCUUCUCAUCUCCCAAUCCUUUCUUUCCCCCCAGGUAACAGUCUGGGACCAUGUCGAGAGACCUCCAGGAAGUGGACCUUGCAGAGAUCAAGCCUCUGGUAGAGAGAGGAGAGACCAUCACUGGCCUCCUGCAAGAAUUCGAUGUUCAGGAGCAGGACAUUGAGACUUUACAUGGCUCAGUUCAUGUCACCGUUUGUGGAACCCCGAAGGGGAACCGUCCUGCCAUCCUCACGUAUCAUGACAUUGGCAUGAACCACAAAACCUGCUACAAUCCCCUCUUCAAUUCAGAAGACAUGCAGGAGAUCACCCAGCAUUUUGCUGUCUGCCAUGUGGAUGCUCCAGGGCAACAGGAUGGAGCAGCAUCCUUUCCUGUGGGGUACAUGUAUCCCUCUAUGGAUCAACUGGCUGAAAUGAUUCCUGGAAUUCUCCACCAGUUUGGACUGAAAAGUGUGAUUGGAAUGGGAACUGGAGCCGGUGCCUACAUCUUAACUCGAUUUGCUCUCAACCACCCAGAGAUGGUGGAAGGACUCGUCCUCAUCAACGUGAACCCUUGUGCUGAAGGGUGGAUGGACUGGGCAGCAACCAAGAUCUCUGGGUGGACCCAAGCUCUUCCGGAUAUGGUGGUGUCUCAUUUGUUUGGGAAGGAAGAAAUGCAGAACAACAUAGAGGUGGUGCAUACCUACCGCCAUCAUAUCAUCAAUGACAUGAAUCCGAGCAAUCUCCACCUCUUCAUUAAUGCCUACAACAGUCGCAGAGAUCUAGAAAUCGAGCGUCCUUUCCCAGGAACCAGUGCUGUCACCCUACAGUGCCCUGCAUUGUUAGUGGUGGGAGAUAAUUCACCUGCGGUGGAUGCUGUGGUGGAGUGCAAUUCUAAACUGGAUCCAACUAAGACCACACUCCUAAAGAUGGCGGACUGUGGAGGCCUGCCACAAAUUUCUCAGCCUGCCAAGCUUGCAGAGGCUUUCAAGUACUUUGUCCAGGGAAUGGGAUACAUGCCUUCUGCCAGCAUGACUCGCCUCAUGAGGUCCCGCACAGCCUCUGGCUCCAGCGUCGCCUCCUUGGAAGGCAAUCGCAGCCGCUCCCACACCAGCGAGGGGACCCGGAGCCGCUCCCACACCAGCGAGGGGACCCGCAGCCGCUCCCACACAGACACCCGCCUCGAGAUCACUCCCAACUCCGGGACCACCGGGGACAGUGGGCUCAAGUCCAUGGAAGUCUCCUGUUAGGCAAGGACCCUCUUGGAGCCCAGUAGCUUCCUCCUGGCUCUGAUUUGAACUCUGUUUUAAGUAGCUGCCUCCUUUCCCUCCUCCCCUAGCCCCACAUCCCACCCCUCCUAUAUCACACUGCACAUAACUUGGUAUUAAUCCAAAGCUUAUUUUUUAAGAGUGAGCUCUGGUGAGAACAAAAUGAAGCGGAUUGAGGGAGAGUCGUUUCGAUGUUAGGGGGUGGUUGUAAUGUGGAAAGAAAUGGGGACCAAUCUUACGCAGGCAUCCAGAGAUGGGUCUCUUGAUUAAAUUGUUCACAAAAUUCUGGUUGCUGCUGUCUUCUCACUCACAUCAAGCUUGAAAGAGGCAUUUUGCCGCGCCCCGCCCACCUCCCCCCCAAAAAAAAAGAGAAGAGAAGAGAAAAACUUAUGUUUAAAAAACAAACCUUCAGGCUGUGGAAGAAAAGUGUCAUAGACUUUUGGUCAAUGGUACAGCCAAUCUACUAACUGUUUCUUUGCAGGAAAAGGGAAAACUGACCCAGUGUAAUACAGGCAACACUAUUUGGAUGUAAGGAGGGAGAGUCCAGUGCAUUGUGGAUAGCUUUUUUUUUUUUUUUAAAUGAGGGAAACUGGUAAAGCUCACAUUUAUGCUGGUGGGUUUUGGGGGGAAUUUUUUGCAAACUCAAACUAUCAUAAUUGUAGAUACUUUAAAAUUGUGCAUUUAUACACCUUUUAAUUUUGAAGCAUAAAAACCCAUUUUCUUCUCAACUAUUAAAUUAGCCAAUGUAAACAUGAGGCUUUAAACACAAUGAAAGUCAUUGAUGGAUUGAUGGACUUCUGGUAUUUCAUGUUGGUAAGAUUUUCAGCCUUGCUGCACCUCUCCUUAAAAUGUGGUGAGAAACCUUCCUUCUUUUUUUUUGGAUUCCCACCUUAUUUAAAAGGAAUUUUCAUUCCUUGGGGAUUUCAGUUUUGUGGCAUAGGCUGAAAAUUCUGUUUCUCUCUUCCCUGGUCCUCAAAUUUCCUUAUGUAUGAAAUAGUGAUUUUUAAGGCUCCAACUCUGAUGCUCAUUGUUUUAAUGUCCCAUGCUUCUAAACUCCUUCCAUCUUGAACAGUCUGUUUUAUGUUCUAAGACAUUUUCUAGCACUACUUGAUAGUGCUAGAGCUAUCUGUAGCUUUCUGCUCUAAAGAUCCUUUAAGUUUGAAAAAUCAUUGAUUCUACAUUUAUAUGAAUAACGGGGAAGAGAGUUGCAAUAGUAUGCAGUUUCUCUGGGGCUUAGAGGCCUGCUAUCUAACCAUACCUAAAAGAUGGGGUACAGAGCAGGGUUGGAUUUUUCACAUUGAACAGAAAGCAGCUCUUUGCAAUUCCUUAAAGGAGCAUUGUAUUGGCUAAAGAAAGGCACAACCCCAUCCCUCCCCCUUUCCUUUCUCACCCCCCCCAAAAGAAAUUAACACUCUGGAAUCUUGUGUCCUGAAAUGAAUUUGCCUCAUAAUUCUGUUGUAAAGAAUAAGUCUUAGAAUGAUGGCAUGACCUUUAAGAAAGAUAGCUGUGAAUUUUGACUUUGGCAUAAUGUUGUUACUUGUUAAGAACCUUUUCCUAAAAAAAGGAUUUUUUGGUCAAGUGAUGAAUGGAGAGAACACUUGGUGAAGGUGGUUGGGAGUGGUGAUGAUGGAAUCUGGCAAGAUGUAAGAAUUCUGGAAUUCCUGCAUUGUUUAGUUAACUCCCCUCUACCUUUUUGGAGAAAGCAUUGUCUGUCAAACAAAGCAACCAAUUGUGGUGAUUUUUCAUGGACUGCUGGCUUUUGGACCCAUGCUCUAGCUAAUUAAAGAAUUUUCCUAUUGGAAGGAUGUUAAUUGCUAAUCAGCCUUUGGAACCUGGUAAUACCAGCUUCAGAGUUGGUAGAAAGUAUAUUUUUGGGGAGGAUGACUGGCCUGGAGUUAUGUUAAUUGACUUGCUGGAAGUCUCCAUCUUUGGGGGUUUCUCGGGAGCUUUGUUCCAGAAGUUGGUGAGAGAGGCAGAAGUGGCUAAAAGCCAGGGACAGUGUGGUGUCAAGUCUUGCCAAAAAGGUUUCUUAAUGAGAUAUUUGUAUUUAUUUCCAGACCAAUAAAUUUGUAACUUUGCA